AUGUGUGAUGUUAAUAGUCGUUUCAAACGAGUUGCUGGCCGUCGUGACAUUGCUCUUAAGAUUAAGGAUAUUAAACAACAUGUUGAUAACAUUGCAAACCAGAGCAAUCGGUUCAAUUUUACAUCCGGAUUUAGCAACGAGGAACCACAGAGGCUUGUAACUAUCUCUGCAGUUGACAUUUUAGAGGUAUGUGGUCGGGAUAAGGACAGGGACACCAUACUAAGGCAGCUGUUGGGUGAGAGUUGUGAACAAAACUUGGGCCCCUACAUCAUCUCCCUAGUUGGGCUGGGAGGUGUCGGCAAAACAACUCUUGCUCAACUGGCCUUUAACCACCAUGAGGUGGAGGCCCAUUUUGAUAAAAGAAUCUGGGUCUGCGUGUCUGAUCCUUUUAUCCCAGUAAGAAUUUUUAGGGAUAUUUUUGAAGGCCUUUAUGAAAAGUCUUCCGAUGUCCAUAAUCCUGAAGUUCUACAGAAAAAAAUUCAAGCAUGUAUUGAUGGGAAGAAGUUUCUCCUUGUGCUGGAUGACGUGUGGAAUGAAGACUAUCAGUUGUGGGAACAAUUGAAGAAUUGUCUCAAGUGUGGAGGUGGUGGGAGUAGAAUUUUAGUGACCACUCGCAAUGAGAGCGUUGCUAGGAUGAUGAGAAGCACAUACAUGCACUCCUUAGGAAGCUUACCAUUAGAGCAAUGUCGGGCAUUAUUUUCCCAAAUAGCUUUUCGGGGGAAGAGUACUGACAAAAUUGAAGAACUAGAAGAAAUUGGCAAAAAAAUAGCAGACAAGUGUAAGGGGUUACCUCUUGCCAUUAAAGCUUUAGGGAGUCUAAUGCGGUCCAAAAAUAAUAAAGAGGAUUGGGAGAAUGUUUUGAAUAGUGAAUUGUGGGAAUUGGAUGUUUUUGAGGAAAAACUGUCUUUUAUAUGCUUUCCCAUCAACUCAGAGGAACAUGAUGGGAUAAACGCAAACAAUGCACAACCAGAUUUUAUCCCCUCUUGUGAGAACCUAAUAGGAAUCAAUUUAAUAGAGUAA